UUAUUCAUGCAACGCUACUACUAGUAUUGGGAGCUCCAUUAAUUUAAAGUUCCUUUUUUUUUCACUCAAUAAAACCUUUGUCUUAAGCUAGCUUCAUGUCUAAUUUCCUAGCUAUAAAUACUCCCUCUACCAUUUCUUUUUCCACCACACCAAAAACCUCUCUUAUACAAAAAACACAACAUUCUAACAAACAAGCUAGCUUACCACUAUUACAAAAAUAAUCUAGGAAACGAUGGAGCAAAACCUACCAAUAAUCACAAAAAAGCUGUACAACAUGGUUAAACUAGCCAUCUUCAUGCUAAGAAAAGGUAUCUCCAAGAAGAAAUUGCUCUUAGACCUCAACUUGAUGAUGAAACGAGGAAAGACGGCCUUUACAACCAACAAAGUCUCCACCACUCAAGGUGGUGGUGUUGUUGGUUUCGACGUUGAACAAGAGCAUGAGUUUAGUUGUAGCAACACCCCUUUAUACCGUCAUUACUUCACCAACAAGAAGAAAAAUAACCAAAACUACUACUACAUGCCUUCUCCAAAAAUUGAAGACAUUGAUAAUAGUUUAGAAGCUAUUAGCAAGGUGUUGGACACCAUGUUGUCUAGGAAAGAUAGCGGUGUCUGGCCUUUAAGGGUAACGGACUCACCAUUUCCUUUGCAAAAUGAAGGAGAUUGCGGUGAUCAACGUGUGGAUGAAGCUGCCGAGGAGUUUAUUAAGAGAUUUUACUCGCAACUCAAGGAGCAAAACUGUUAUUAAUGUUGUGUUAAGUGUAAGUUAAGGUAAAAUUAGUGCAAUAUAGUAGAAAAAUACACAUAUAUAGGUAUCAAAUAUGAUACAAUUCAGGAAACAGUGAUGCUGAAAAUGUGCGUCCUUUUUUUGAAAUAUUAUGCUGUCUGUUUUUGGGACAAGCAAUAUGGUAGAACUUUGGACUAGCUUGUAAGGUAGAGAAACUUGUAAUUUUGCAUUACUUUUUAUUGUGUGUGCAAAAUAUGUAUGUUAUAGUAUAUUAUAGUGGCAAACUCACUCUUAUUGAAUCA